AAACAAUUGAUAGCAGCGCAAAACGUAACGAUAGAAGAAGAAAAUUUGGAUAAUUCAAAGAAUGAUCCAACUUAUAAACCUCAUAACGCCAGCCAAUCAAAAACUGAAAAAGAUUCAAGUGGAAUUGUAACGAUAUCUGAGGUGUAUGAUAUGGAACAAAAUACAAAUAAUAAAGGCUAUGGAAAAAAAUAUUUCUGUCCUUAUUGUAAGGAAAAAUUUAGUAAAUUGGGCCGUCAUUUAGAACAAAAGCACAAGGACCAAGCAGAAGUUAAAUCAUUCGUAGUUUUUCCAAAAAAGUCAGCUGCAAGAAGCAAUGCCAUUGCCCUUAUCAGAAAUAAAGGAAUAGUGAUUCAUAAUUCAAACUUCGAAUUUCACAAGGGAAAAUUCUUGUGUGCUCGACGACCUGGACCACAGAAAGAAAUGAAGAGCACAGCUCUGGAAGUCUGUCCCGAUUGUAAUGGUACUUAUACAACUUUAAGUAUAAAAAACCACAACUGUAAAGUAGACACAGAGAAUCUUCCAAACAAAACUAGAGAACUACUUCUACGUGGUCGACAAAAAUUUUUGCACUGUGAUAAAGGAUUGUCGGAAAGAAUGAGAGUAGAAAUACUACCAACAAUUCAAAAUGAACAAUAUUUCGAAAUCAUUAAAAGUGAUUUUUUAAUUCUAGAAUGUGGUGAAUCGUUUUGCAAAAAAUAUCUUGAAGCUAGACAAAACUAUAUGAUCUGCGGAUAUUUAAGAGCAUACGCUAAUUUUUUAAUAGAAAUCAGAAAGAUUAAUUCAGAAAUAUCAGAUUUUGAAUCGGUUAUGAGACCACACUAUUACAAAGACACGUGUUUAGCAAUUAAAAAGGUGGCUGGGUUUUCAAGAAGUGGCUUUGCGCACCCUGGAACAGCAACAUCUUUAACAAUGUUAAUUAAAAAAGCAGCUAAAGUUAAUCAUUGCGAUAUCUUGAUGAGUAAAGAUCCAGGAAGAAAAGCAGUUCAGAAGGAAGUUGAGGGUUAUGCCAAAUUGUGCGAAGAUCGAUUUGGAGAAGAUAUUAAUAAAAUAGCAACUACAACUUACUUGAAAAACAAACAGAAUAAGCAAGUUGAGCUUGUAAGUACAGAAGAUAUUAAUAAAUUAGAUACAUUUUUAGAAAAUAAACGUUUGAAUGCAUUAAAGACUUUAAACAGAAUAAACGAGGACGUUGAAGAUAUUGACGCAGAUCCUUGGUGCAAAAAAUAUUAUAAUAUUUGGCGUGAUCUUUGAUGCAAUAUUGGUGAGAGUGAUGCAUUUUAACAGAAAAAGAGCCGGGAAAACGGAACGAAUUGAAAUAAAUGAUUUUAAAAAAAUAACUGUUAUAAAUAAGUCUCAUCCUAAUUGGAAAAAUAUGAAUGUCUCAGAUAGAAAACAGGCAACCCAAUACGGUAGAUUUGAGGUCGUCGGAAAAUUGUAUAAUUCAGUUCCAAUUCUGUUAGACAAGCACUUAAGAGAAUGUUUUAAUGUUAUUAUUAAAUUUAGAGGCUUAGCUAAGGUAAGGGACAGCAAUCCUUACGUGUUUGGAAUUCCUAACAAGAAUGUGCAUAAAAAUAUGCAUAUCAGAGCUUGUGAUACAAUACGUAAAUUUUCGACACAAUGUGGGGCAGAUAAACCUCAUUUACUUCGCGGAACAAUAAUGAGGAAACACUUAGCUACCGAAUCAUAUAAUGACGGUGCUACCGGCGGUGAAGUUGUUCGGAUAUCAAAAUUUAUGGGUCACCGUAAUCCCGUUCAUGAAAACGUAUGUCAGCAGGAUACUGUAGCAGACAUAGUAACAGUAUCCAAGCACCUAGAAAAAGCUUCUGGAAGAAAAAAAAUUAAGGAUAAAGAAGUAAAGGAAACUGAUAAGCGACAAGAGUCUAAACAUAAUGUUGAAAAUGAAACUCCAGAAAACAAUAAGAGAAUAAACAUGACCGAAUCCUUUACGGAAAACUCAUCACAAGAAGAAUUAAAUUCUACACAAGAGGAUGCAAAUUUAAAAAAAAAAGACAAGAAAGCGUAAGCUAUCAAACACAGGGAGCGAUUUUGAAAAUGAGGGCUCUUCACCAGAAGUAGUCCCACCAAAAAAAUCAAAGUCUAAAAAACGAUUAGUAUUUAACUGUAGCAACGAUUCCGAUAAUGAUUCUUCUACUCCAGAUUUGGCCCAACAGAAGAACAGGAAACAAAAAGUAUUCAAUUCAAGUAACGAUUCGGAGACUAGUAUCACAGUAACAGCAUAUUCAGAACAAAGGAGAAAUCUGCAUAAUAGUAAAAAGUCAAAUCAUGCACGUGAAGAAUCAACGGACAGUUCUUUAAACAUAAGUAAUACAUCAAUGGUAAAACCAAAAAACAAUUACAAAAGAUACACGGAGGAUGAAAAAGAAACAGAUAUGCAAAUUUUUUGAAAGUUACUUGAUAAGGAAGAAGAUACCUUCAAAUGCACAAAUGCGAAAUGCGCAACAACAUUUGCCAUGUAUCAAAGAUAAACCAUUAAAAACGAUUAGAUCAUAUUUAA